GGGGUUUUUGAAGGUGUGCAAUGCCAGUGUCGGAUCAAUGCUGAAGUGUUUCGAAAGCAAAAAUAACAACGAAAGAUGUAAUAAACCUUUUGUGCUCACUUGCAAUGGAUGACUUAGACCACAGUGUGCUGAUAGCGGAGCAGGACUGGGACUGUUUUUGUACGGAGAGCGAGGAAUGUUCUGUUGAGCAGGCCAAGCUUGCAGCCUUAGAUGAGUCCGGCUUUAGUGACAGUGACGAUGACAAAACCUCCAUCCAUGUGUCAUCUCUUCCCAUUACAAACAACCCUGACCAGCACUGCGAAAAAGAUGAAAGCCUAAAACAGCAUCAAAUAGGAGAUUGUCAAAUCAAGCAUCCAUCUGAGUAUCCAGAAAAUCCUAAUCCUGAAACAGAGCCACAGAAUGCUGAGCACAUGAGCAAUGCUGGAGCACAUGAGCAGGAAUGUCAAAUCAAAGCUAAUGAAGACAACACUCUGACUGAGAAGUUAAAAGAAAAUGAUGAGAAUCAAGAAAAUAGCGAGGAUAAAUCAAACCAUGACACCACAGAGAGAGUUUCUGAAAUGUCUCCAGCAAAUUUAAAUAAUGGAAACAGUACGGAUGGUAUAGAAAUGCAAACUGAGGUGACGGAGAGUUCAGCAGCCACCAUAAAAGAGAAGGAACGCUGGUUUGUCACUGUAAACGACAGCCCAGUCCGUCUGAGAGUUAAGCGUUCAGAUUCAGUUCAAAAAAAAAGAAGAAAAAAAAAACGUUGUAAAAACAUGAGGCAGAACAUCAGAGUAAUGGAGGACUGCUCGUCCUUAAAUAACAAAACAGAGGCAGACAGAGAAAUUAUUGAGAGGCAAACAACACAGGACACAUUUGAACAAGAAAAUUAUUCUUCUGACUCACCCAAUAUUCAUAACGUCCAAAUCCAAGAUAAUUCGUCCACUGGAUUAUCUGAAGAUGAAGAAGAAAAAGCAAGCUGUGCUCUUGAUUUAAAAAAGGAAAACAUGACAGAAAUUCCAAAAGCUAAAUUAGAAAGAAAUCCUGUCGACUCCCCAAAUUCGCAUUUAACACUCAAACAACUGCCACAAAUGAUAUUUAAAGAUCUCAGUGGCUCUUUGCCACAGCAUGGGGAUCAUGAGAGCACAGCACGAGAUAAACUUGACGAAUCCAUAGAAGAUAAUAACUUUGAAUGUCAACGUACAGAAGAUAAUUUAAGACACUUUAAUAAUGACACAGGAACAGAAAAUCUCAGAUUUAUUCUGGGUACAGCUCCAUCUUUAGAUUCUCAACAAGAAAAAUCAGAACAGCAAGAGCCCUUGGGACUUUUAUCUUAUAAUGGAAAAGAAUCAUCUCAAGAGACGCAAUCCUUUAAGACUCCAGGUCCAACUCCACCCAUAUUUGCCAUUUCCUCCUUUUGGGAUGAAAUGGAAAAACUGACAAUUAAUGAUAUCUUGCAAAUUAGAAUAGCCAACAGCAGGUCCCUGCCAAAAGAGAACAUCGUUCCAGAAGAAAGCAGCCAUGUAGACGUCAUCAACGCUCAGCUUUUAGAAAGGGAUGAGGUAGAAUCCAAAAAUGAGAGUUUAGAAGAUGGCCUGGUUGACGACAUGACAGAUUCAGACUACUUCACACAUCUGGAUGACUCUAAACCAGACAGAUCCAGCUGCGAAUUUUCCACUUUCUCCGAUUUUGAUGAGGAGUUCAUACAACUUCUUCAUGCGAGUGCAAACCCUAGCCCUGAUCUCUUUGAAAGCAAAGAACAAACGUUUCUUGAGUCUUUGCUCCCCGUGGAUUUGAAAGAAACUUUGCCAAGUGAAUCAAAUGAGAUGGUGAGGAUGUUUCCAGAAAGUAAACCUGUAGUAUAUCUGUAUUCAGACACAGAGAUGCAGGACUUUUUUCUAACAACUGAAGAAGACAACAACAUGGAUACUUUACUACUGGACCAAUGUAGCGUGAGAAGAUCAACGCCUUCACCAGUUUUAUCAGUUUCUGAUAUUCUAGAUGAUCAGUGUCUGCUGUCUUUCUUUGAAAUUGCAAACAGUGACACUGAACUGGAACAAUACCAGACUUGGAUCCCACGUAGAAAGUCUUUGCUUUGUUUUUCACAAAAUGUAUCAUUGGCUGAGACUUAUGAUGACUUCUUCUCAGAUUUUGAGGUCGGCAAUUUUCUCUUUCCUUCCUUGCAAGGUUCAAGAAAAAGUGAGAAAUCAAUGGUUCCUAUCUAUUCCUCUUCUCGUCCAGUUGUAAGAGAUCUAGAACUUUCAGAAGUAGAUGAGGUGAUACAUGAAAAUGCUCCUAUCAGAGUUAUGAACCCUUCGGAAACAUCAAACAUGUGCUUUAUCACUAGCCAGAGAAGCACCUGGAGAAACCUUUCUCUGAGACAUACCAAACUUCUAAUGGGAAGGACGUGGUGCAGGAUGGCCACCUCUUGGAGUUUUCCUAAGUCAGCCAACAUUGUCUGCAAUUACGGAACAAAAACAACAUUAAGUUCCUCUAUAGCUCAGUCAAGUCAUCCGGUUCUUCUAGAAAACCAGGCCCUCGGUCAAAUGACAGAACAUAAGACACAUAUUGGGGAAACUGUAGCAUCGGCAGACAGAGAUCGCUUCCUCUUUUCCUUAAAGCAGGCAGACAUGUGCCUUGUUUGCAUUGCUUUCGCAUCUUGGGUACUAAAGUCAAGCAACCCACAAUCUACAGACAUGUGGAAAACAGCUCUUCUGGCAAACGUGAGCGCGAUCUCUGCCAUCCAGUACUUGCGGCGAUACGUAAAAGAAGGAUGAACCAUAAAAAUCUAGUAUUAGAGCUUUCUCACAAGGGGGCCAGUGUACAGGAAAGGGUUAAUUUUGCACAAAUUCACACCAAACACUUUAGUAAAUACACAUAUUAGGUUGUAUUCCAUGUUUCCUAAAAGUCUAAUAUUUUCAUGUAAUAUUUUCAUGUUACAAAAUAGGUGUUCGGUCAAUAAAUAACUUAUCAAAGGACAAUUUCGUUAAAGAAAAGCAUACAAAGCAAAGGAGGAAACACUUGUCUAGUUUUUCCCAUACAAACGCUUGUUCAGUUAGAAGACAUGUAUUGCUUUAGAUAUGUUGAUAUGGACCAGAAGUGACCACUGGUAAGUUUUGCGUCAGUUAUAUUCAGGACUCAAGCUGUGCUAUACAUAUUUAUGUAAUUCACAAUGAAACUAUUUUGCAGUGUACAUAUAUAAAAAAACAUUUUUACCGCUCAAGAUGUAUCUAUUAAAUGCAAAAGGAAAGGGAAAGAAAAUCAUGCGGCAAAAGCUUUUUUAAAAAUCCAUAUAGUUUUUCAAUGAAGAAACAGAUUUGAGUACAUUUGUAAAGAAUAUACAUUUGCACAUAAAAUGUAGUUGGAAGUUAAGGAGGUAUCAGAAAGUGCCAGAAGUAUGACUGCUGCUAAGUGUCAAAUGUUUCUAUCACACGUAAACAGAGACUGAUGUCAGUGUGAUAGGGGAAAUAGUAUAUGAAACAGCCUCAAAAUAUAUAUACACUAAUGAAUUAAGUACUGGAAAAAAAUGUACUGAUCAAACAAUAACAAAAAAGAUUUUGUAUGACGUUAAUGGAUGUACUGAAGUGUAGGAAGAGUAAAAAAUAAUACAAGCUGUUUGUAAUAGUCAUGCAUUUGUCACUGAAAUGUAAUUACAGUCAGACAACGCUGUGCAUGUGAAGACAAAUAUACAGAAAGACAUGAAUAGUAAAAAUGAGAAUAUAUUCCUCAUUUAAAAUAUCCAUACGCCAGUACAAAUGUUUAGUGUUAAAUUGAAGGUAAUAAUGACUUUUUGGCAGUUUUGGGGAAAAAAGUGACCCAUCAAAGCUCCACUAUGAAAAGCGUUAACAGAUAACACUCAUGUCCGCUUGUACACAUACAGUACAAAACAAUGGCACUCCAUUUCAUGUUUCCUAUUGUUAGUUUAACAAUUGAUAGUAGUGCACGACAAUACACGUGUAUUGCAGUAAACCAUCACAAACUGA